CUGUGAACUGAUCCGGGAGCAAUUCAUUGUCAUAUGAUUUCUUUUAAUCUUGGACCGCACACGUGAGUCUCACACCGAUUAUGGCAGAUUACGGUCGCAGUGUUCUCACUUACACCAUAUUUUCGGCUAUCUAUGUCGUUUUCCGACCUGAACCAUCAUGGGUCGCCAUCAUCUUCAAAACCCUCCCAAUCUUAUGUCUCGGUUUGCUUGUCGUUGAUACCAUCCGCCACGCCACGCACCAACCCAAAACGCAUUAUGACGUUUCUAUUCUAAUCGGGUUGAUCCUAUCCGGCUUCGGAGACGCUUUCCUCGUCUAUAACUACGACCCCGAUUUCUUCAUCCUCGGCCUUCUCCACUUUGCUAUGGCCCAUGCCAGCUAUAUCGUUGCGUUCGGCCUGAGACCUUUCAACGCCAAGCUCUUCGCAGUUUCCGCAAUUUGCGGAUGCGGCGUAUACAGCGUUCUUGGUUCCGGCUUUACAAGGCAUAACCUAACUGGCCUUGGUAUCCUCUACACGACCCUGAUCAUGUCAAUGUGCUGGAGGGCACUUGCACGACCUCCACUCCCUGGUAAUCAAGAAACUUGGACCUGGUCUGCAGUUGGUGCCAUCCUGUUUUUCAUCUCAGAUUUUGUUUUAGGGAUCAAUAAGUUCCGUGCGCCAGUGCCGUAUGCCAAUACAAUCAUCAUGGUGACUUACUACGCAGGGCAGCUUGGAAUUGCUCUCUCCGUGUUCGGGCGUGGCGAUCAAUUGCGAAAUGAUUAAGUGCACUUAGGCUUACGAAGAUAUAUCAGAAGGAACAGACACAGGGAGUGUUUUUAAUCAUGUGAACAUUCUAAUACUUUAAUUGAAGAACUCAGA